UCAUUUCGGAAAGAUGGAGCUGAAAUGUUUCCAACUUUGUUUCUUACUGUUGUUUGUUAUCGCUGCAUCUGCAGCCCCUGGCUGUAAAGAGUGCGGACCGGAUGAAAAGAAUUCAACCGUGUUUCAGUACAAAGUUAAAAUCAACGUCGAUGGUGAAGAUUACAUUGAAAAUAUUACAAUCGACACCAAAAAUCAAACGGAGACUUUUCACAUCCCAAAGAUGAAUUCUUCCAACGCUGGGGAGGUGGACGUUAUUUACGAUUUUAACAGAAAUUUAGUCAUGCGUCGAAUGUCUGCUCAAAAAGCCUGUUUUUUGAGUAACAUCACUGAAAAUGCUCCUAGACCCAACGAUCUCAAAAGAGCACUGGACCAGAUGAAUGGUACAUCACAGGCCCCACAAGCUGGAAAUUCGUCAAGGCUCGAUUACGAAGUUGAUGGUAUCGUCAGCGACCGAUCAAGUUUGAGCGAGGAAAUGGCAGAAAUGUGUUCCAAGCUGCCAAUUUAUCACAUUAAGAAGAGAAGUGGGACAGCAUGGUUUUACAUUAAGUGUUUUGUCUUAAUUCAUGGUUAUCAUUACUAA